AUGUCGCCUUCAGGAUCCGUGAGUGUUAUGGUCACACCACCACCCCCUUCGCUGGUCGAAGUGACUCCAGGGACGAUACCGCACCCCUCGUCACCAGCAGAAACGACCUCCCACGCCGGUUCGUCCGAAUACCACACUCCUCGGGCCUCGCCACCACCUGCGGCCAAGCUGAGUCCCAGCCCGCUGCCGACCAAGAUGCCAAAGCAGCCCAUGGGCAGGGCCCUCACCUUCCUAAGGCGCUCGUCGAUGCCAAACCUCCACAUAAAGGUCCCAGCUGUCCAUCUCGCUACGUUUACGCACAGCCUUCGAAACCGAUACCAUGCCCCCCGGCCUCCGGUCUACGUUCCACGCAACAUCACCGACUUUCCUCUGGAGGUUUUCACACACAGCUUGUUCUACUUCCUCACGCCUGACGAGGUUGUCCUGUUUGGCUGGACGUGCACGUACUUCCACCAUGUGGCGUUGGACGAGCCGUUCUGGCGCGCACGUUUGCUCGUGGACAUGCCCCAUGCGGCAGAGUUGUUACGCGGCUGGGGUAUGGGAACGAGUACCAGCGUCUCGCGCGGACUCGAUAGCGUGGACAUGGCAAGCCAGUCGACUGCGGACAAGAGCAAGGGUGCGAUGCAGGAAGACACGGACGGCGACACCCUCCGCAGGCCCCAGCCAGCUCGCCGUACCACCCCGCUCACCUACCGCCACAUCUACCUUGGCCUCCUGUAUCCCCAGGUAUACACCUGGGGCGACUACGACACCCGUUUCCCCAUCCCGCGAAACACCGAGUUUCGCGCAUUCGGGAACGAGGCUGCACUCCUUCGCCCCGCAAGAAUCACCGAUCGGUUCGUGAGGCCCGAAAACAUACAGAGCAUCCAGUCAUACAACAACCGAUGCAUCACCCACAACGCGGACGGCACAAUUCGAUUCUGGGGUAUCGCCAGCUCGCGUCUUCCAAGGCGUAUCGAGUUCCCCGCCGUUCGAUCUCCCCUCUUGCCUGUCCAUCCCGGCAGUGGCAUUCAAGACACCUGGUGGGAACCGCGCGUGCCGGUCUUGAUCCCCUCUACGUCGACGGUGGAGAAGGUGGCCAUCGGGGAUAUGCACGCGGUGGUCCUUACCAAGGCUGGAGAGCUGAUUCUGUGGCGGACCGACAGUCCAGAACGGACGUCUGUGCUUCCAGGUCUCAUUCCAAGAGCCAAGUGGUCCCUCUGGAUGUCCCACGAGCACAACACCGGCCAGUCACGGAACGAGUGGGAGGAGUGGUGGGCACAGGUGCUGGACAAGGCCGGCCAGGUCGAGGAAACGGUCACCGACGACAGCGACGAAGAGACGAUCCUGCGCAUUCUUGGACGCCAGAAGAUUGUGGACGUGGCGCUGGGAGCCAACUUUGUCCUGGUCCUCCGAGCCAAUGGCGAGCUGCCCAGUUUCUCGUCGCCGCUCAACACCAAAGUCCAGGCGCGUUACGAGUACUUUGCCGUCCAGCGACGCGGCGGCUGGCCCCUAGUCGGCCACUUCAUCUUCGCGGGCUUCAGCCCCAUCCCCGAACAUGCCGCCUGGCUGACUGCGCGCCCCGACGUUGCCAUUGCCGACUUUGCCUUUGACAACGACCACUUUGUCGCGCUCUCCACCCACGGGGAGGUAUACACCUGGGGCCACAACACGCGCGGCCACCUGGGCCGCGGCCAACUGUGGGAGCGGUACCCGCCCGCGGGACGUGUCGAUUUCCCGCCCGACUGCGACGGUGAGGAUCCCGUCAUCAUUGGGAUAUGCGCCACAGGAGCGCUGGCGCUCGGGGACGGCCGUCUGCCCCUGUUCCGCGCGUACAGAGAAGACAUUGUCAAUGCGCCGCUGCAGUGGGAGCCGCCGCGGACACGCAAGCAGGGCAAGUUCAGGCGGUUCUUGGAUACGCCAGCUAGGUGGAGGCGGUAUUGGCGCAACUUUCGCUUCACGCACUAUUAUGGCUUCUGA